AUGCGCCACCGGCAGCCGGAACGCCAGCCCUGGCCGUGCUUUGCCGCCGUGCUGCAGCGUUUCUUGGUCGAGCUGCUCCUCUUCUUGUUUUUCUUCUUCUUCUUCUUCUUCUGCUUCACGACAGCUUCUGCAUAUCCCAACACACCUGCAGCGUCUGCUCUGCCUCCGUCCACCGCAGCUUCAGCGUCUUCUGCUGCUGCUGCCUCUGCCCAGAAACUGCCCGCGCCCGCACGGAACCGACCCUCGAUUGCAGCAGCUCCAUCGGAUCAGCUCGGGCACGCGACCCCACCGUCUGCCGCAGACGCCGCAUUAUCGACGCUUGUGACGAUCCCGCUGCAGGCCAAGCUUGACGAUUCAGCAGCAGCUUCUUCUUCUGCUUCUUCUGCUGCUGCUGCUGCUCUUCUUUCUGCUGCAUCAUCAUCAUCAUCAUCAUCAUCAUCAUCAACUUCUUCUUCCUCGCCGACUCCUCCCCUCGCCGCCGCACUGCCGCCGGGCCAAGACGCCAGCAUGUCCGACCUAGCCUACCGCAUGACCAGCGAAUACACCUGCACCACCAUCGGCGGCGAGACCUUCUGCAGAGUGCACGUGCCCGUGCUCAAGGCCGAUGCGCCGAUGCGGGCGACGGACAUGCGCGUCGUGCUGGCCGUAGUGAGCUGCCUGGCCGGGAUUCUUGCCUGGGGACUGGUUUAG